AUGUCGCGCGAUUCCUCAUUCAGCCAUCUACACAUGCACGCGGCGCACCACGCCGACCUCCUCGAAGACUUCACGCGCAUCAAGCUCCCCGCCGAAGAAAUCCUCGUAGCACCGCAACAUCAGCCUCUCAAUCCGGACAACGAAGAAGAUCUCGUGCCGGACCAGCAUGCCGCGUUUGGGAUUCAACGUGCGCAGCAGAAGACGCGGGAGCCGGCGUGGAAGGAUCUCAGCUUGCAUGCGUUGAUGACCGAUCCACCGCCAUCGUCCUCGUCGUCGGGGACGAAGCGGGGUGGAGGAUUGGCUGCUGCUACGGGCGGGGCGGUGAGGAGUGGGAAUUUGGUGGUGAGGUGA